AUGGAUGAAAGAAACAGUAGAGUCAGUUUAACACAAAUCACCUUAUCGUCACCACCAUCGUCGUUAUCAACAUUGUUUUAUCAUCAUCGUCAUUUUAAUUAUCGAUUUAACAAAAGUAACUCAACAUUAUCACAAUUGUUAUUGUAUAAUCAAUGUGAUUUAUCACCAACGAAUUAUACCUUACCGGAAUACUAUACUAAUUAUCCAAUGCAGUUUUACCAAGAACACUCUAGAUAUUUUCCUAUAAAUCGAUUACAUAUCAAUAAUUUAUCGAAUUAUACUGCGUACCAAUGUCCUCCAGGUCAGCCAGGCGGAACGGCCCAUGGAUAUGGCCCACUUCCAAAUGACCCAAAUGUUUCAUAUUAUUAUAAUCAGAUGGAUCCUACUGCACAAGUUCAAGUUCGUCAGCAAGUGCCUCCUCCUCCAAAUUGGUUAGCACCACCACCACAAAAUUAUUCAUCUACACCAUCCGUAUAUCCACCACCUCAUUCCAUGCGGACAGCGCAACCACCACCACAAAUUCGCGCUCCUCAUCCAUCGCAAAUGAUGCCGCAAGGAUCAAGUCUUGAUGAACAACAGCGAUAUGAAGAGCAGCAAAGGCAUAAUUACUAUCAGCAACAGCAGCACCAACAUGCUGCUUAUGUUGUUCAUCAACAUCAUCAACAACAGUUGUCACGAGUUGCUACUCCUUCAACAUCUUUACAGGCUGAGUCAACACAAACUCGAGCGCCAAGCGUUGGUCCUCCAGGUAGUGCUACACCAGAUAGUAACAGUAGAUUAUCAGCAGAGGAAUCAGUACCUCAUCGACCACCAAGUCAAUCAGUAGUUACACCUCCAUGUAUUCUCCAACCUGUCUCUCAAUCGCAACAUCAGCCAAUGCCUACUGCUGCACCUCAGCAGCAAUCUCUUUCCGUAACUAUACCACAGCAACCAAUGUCUAUUACUACACCACCUCAGCAGCCGUCUAGUGCAUAUUAUGGCCAAUCUCAAGCUCCUCAGCAAUUGUACCCAUCAUCUGGUAUGAGAACAGGUGGCCCUCCAGCGCAGAUGAAACAAAUUGGAGCUUAUCCACAAUUUCCGCAAGCCCAUUCUGCUAAUUAUUCUUCAGUCCACGGGUAUGUUGAAGGUUAUCAAUCACAUUUGGCUAUGACUACGCACCAACAACACAGUGUUUAUCAUCAACAGAUAUGGGCUUCGCAACAAAUACAGAGGUAUCCACCUGUUCAUUCCAAUGCAGCAACCUCAUCAACAGCUCCUCCUAUGGCUUAUAGUGUGCCUCCUCGGCCUUCUGUACCAAAUGUCGACAUGGUAGCAAAUCAGCAAUCGUACAUGGCAGCCAGGCGGCCAUAUAUACCGAUGCCUCCUGCACAUUCAAAUUUACCAACAUCAGGAGGACCUCAUCGCUUGAGGUUUCAGUAUGCUUCACCUGUGUCAUCAGUUUCACACUAUUCAUCUCCACAAGCGUCAUAUCCGCAUACUUCUGUUCCACAGGGUGCGCCAAGGGCAGAUUCAGUUGGACCACAAGCGGGUUACCCAUUUUUAUCGGCUUCAACUUCAACGGGUAUUAACGGCGCACAUCCUCAUGUUGCUGCUUCUGGACAUUCAAGUUCGGCUGUUGGUGGCAGUGUACAUAGUCACACGGGUAAUGCCCCCAGUAUGGCAUCAUCGAAUGUGCUUCAGUUCUCUGCUGCACAGCCACUGCAUUUUCCUUCUGGUAGCGUUGAAGCGACAGUGAUUAACCAAAGAAAGAGGAAAAAAAUUCUCGCCAAAGAUCUCCAUGGUGCUGAAAUUAAUCGUGUCGUAAUGGCGUUACGAAGUGGGAUGGAAAUCGAAGUGAUUUGGGCGCUCAAUGUUUUAAAUGUUUACUUAUAUGAUGAUACAGCAUUUCCUCUUCAUCUAAAACAUUGUUUCGGAUUACUUAACAUUCUUGUAGAACUUUUUUACGCAUAUUUAACAAUAUUAUAUCCUGAAGUAUUCAAGAAUCGGUUUGAACCAGAUGGGCAAAGUUUUCGAGUUGUCCUUGAUCGUCGAAAUGUUCAUGUAGAAAACCGGAGCAUUCCUGAUGCGUUAAAAAGAAACAAGGACGAUGAUCUUGUCUCGGAUUAUUCUUACGAAAAUGGUACUACAUCAUAUUUUAUGUCACAGCUGCAGCAAGAUAUAACAUUUAAAAAUCAUCUUUACGAGCGCAGACAUUUUUCACGUUAUCAGGACGAUUCAUCUAUGCGACUAAUUGGUCAAGAAAGGAUGAGAGAUGUUAAAAGUGAUGAUAUUGUAGAACUUAAAGUUCUUCGACCAACAGCGAUUUGUAAUAGAAAUGAAUUCCUCGAGCAAGCGGCCAAACGAUGUUUAGCAAUAUCGAAUAUAAUACGCGGCUUCACAUUUUUGUCGAUUAAUGACGAAGAACUAUCACAUCAUCCUGGAUUACUUUACAUUAUUGGUCGUCUUUUACGAUUAUAUGCUGAUGAACAGCAGAUCGUUCGGUUUCGAUCGAAUUUGAAAAAAGAGGUGAAAAGUGAAGAGGAAAAUGACGAAAAAAGUCGAAUUUUGCAACAAGGCCAUCUACUAGAACCGGAUGAUGAUGAUUUAUUUAUGCUUGUCGAAACUGCUAAUCAACUCAGAGACGAUGCCUUUAUAUUUAUAACUAAUCUGAGUCCAUCGCUAGAUUUGUUCGAUUUUGAUUCGGAUAUCUCGUGGCCAAUAUUUGAUGGACUUAUUCACUGGUGUGUAAGUAGCUGUGCUGAAGCCAAAGAUCCUUUUCCACAAGCGGGAAUUUCACCAAGAAAUUAUGCUCUGGAUGCUCUUUGUAAAAUGUCGGUGAUACAGUCCAAUGUAGAUUUAUUGGUAUCUACUGGUCCAUAUUCUCGUUUGGAAAAAUUUAUUAAAGUUCUAGCUUCACUGAUAGAUAUUACUGAGGAAGUUCACAUAAGGGAAUUUGCGAUUGUUGUCUUACAUGCUAUGUGUCUGGCACAUGAUCCUGUAUGUUACGUGGCUGCUGCUGAUACGCAAGCUAUCCCAAACCUUGUUCAGUUUCUUGAAGUUUUAGAUGCGAAUAUGCAUCAGGUAGCACAAAGUCAUGGUAUGCAAGUUUUGCGAGAUAAUCCGGAUAUGAUGGGGACAUCGAUUGGAAUGUUGAGAAGAUCAGCAUUGCUUCUGCAAAAUCUUUGUAGAGUACCUGCAUGCCGACGAUUUUUUAUUAAACACCAAUCAAGACUUUUGCAAUUCACCAUAUCUCAUUUAAUGGAUUCACGUGUUGGUUCUAUGAUAUCAGGUAUCUUGUGCGAUGUUGCUCAGUUCAUUUAUGAAAAUAAUGAGUCGGUGAAAGAUGAAGAUAAAUCAUCUAAGGAAUCUUCUGUAAAGUCAUCAACAAGUAAUGCUACUGAUGAAACGAUUACAAAGGAUUGUAAAGACUCGGUGGAAGUUAUUUUUAAAAUGGAUGAAGAAACGGCGAUGAACUCUUCAAAUAAAGAAGAUAGUCUUCCACAGGAUAAUGAGAAUGAAGGUUCCGAUAAAAAAUUGAAGAAUGAAUUGUUACCAAUCAAGAAAAAACAUCUGGAAAAUGGUAUUGUUAACUGUAUAAAUCGAACUGAUUCAAGUAGUGCAUUAUCGUCACUAGCAAGGCCACUAGCUAAUGGCGAAUUGACACCAGGUUCGGUUAGAUCUACCCCUAAUUUACAGUCUGUAACGACACGGAGGAGUUCCGGUGCCGUAGAAAAUAGUAAGACUGCAGCCUCAGCUGGAUCUGUCCAAGCUGUGGCUUAA